CACACAUAGAAGCUAGAAUACAUUUACACAGCACCACUUCCUCCUCUCAGAUAGCAUCAGAUCAUGUAACUGGGUCAAACCAGUCAAAAGGACUUUGCUUUAGUUUGACUUUUGUUCUGCUGUCAGUCUGAACAGAAAAUAUUGGAGUAACAUUUGGUUAUGCAGUUGGUCAGUAUGUGUGGAAAUAUAUUCAGGCUUUCCCUGCUUUUGCUGCUGCUGGGUCAAUGCUCAGCUGUUGAAGUGACUCAAAAUAAAAUAUUGGAGACCAGAGGAGCAGAUGCCACUCUUCUCUGCUCAAAGCAAACUCUCACUGACAUCAGUACUGUAGUAUGUCACAAAAAUAGAGUUAUAAGUGGAGGUCACGAGUGUAGAGUUUCACACGACGUUGAGACAAAUCAUACCAACAGCUCUUGUGACCCCAGAGUCACACUACAGAUAGAGAAUGACAGAGUGUGUCUACACAUCACCAACAUACAACCAUCUGAUGAAGGCAACUACACCUGUCAGUGUGGAUAUAAUGGGGGACGGGAUUAUAUAGACAUACAUAUUUCUGUCAAUGGAGCCCAAGUGCAACAGGCCACAGACAACAGUCUCUUCUAUUUGGGGAUGAUAACAGGCGUUGCAGCAUGUGUAGCUGUCCUGGUGUUUGGUGGCGUAAUCAUGAGGAAAAUUCAUCUCAGAACACAGCUACAAGUGUCUGGAAACGUCAAGGAGAUCGAUGUGCCUCACAGAGUGGAGUCUGACAUUCACAACGACACCGUGCAAUGCACCCUGGACUGAAGAUGCAGCCAAAUAGGAGAAAUGUGUUAGAUUUAACACAUUUCUCGAGGAGGAGCAACGGGACAUUGAGCCCUACAGCACAUUCACAAGGAAAACCAAUGGGCUUUACUCAACUCUCCAGCUGCUUAACCCCUGACCCUGAUCCUCUUGCACUGUUGACCAAUGAUGACAUGGUAUUAGACACAUUUUUGUAGCAUACAGCUUAUACAGUGGAGUGGUAGAUAUACAUUUACUGUGCAAGGUAUGAAAAGGCCCUUUGAAAGUCUGCCUAUUUUUUUCCUGUCUGACUUGCCAUACAUCAGCCUCUCCUUUACUGUAGAUCUUCUGUGGUGGUUGUAUAUAUCAACACAUACUGUCUGCAGGCUGCACAUCUGUUAUGGAAAUACAAUUGUUAAAUACAUGUUUCAAAAUAAUUAUAGCUGUUCUGUUGUUGCUUUCUGAUAGAACAAAGCAUGUUUCUGUGGAGAUCACCUGAUAUCAAAGUCAUAAACUUUUCCACCAGGUGUCAGUGUACUGUUGUAAAACUGCCUCUAUAUUCAAACUGUAACUUUAGAAAAUUUCAAAUUUGUAACAUAUUGUAUGUUUUAUACACAUAUUAUUAUACAUAUUGAUAAUAAAACAAACAAAAGAACAAUAUGUGAUUUAUAUUCGGAUUUAUUACAACUGCAUUUCCCCCCCCCAAAAACUAAUGUAUGUAUUCUAUGUACUUCUGUGAAUGCAGGGCCAGUCUAUUAAAUGACUUAACUGUU